CGCAGAGCGAUGGAGGCCUCCUGGCUGGAGACGCGCUGGGCGCGGCCCUUGCACCUGGCCUUCGUGUUCUGCCUGGCUCUGGCGCUGCUGCAGGCCAUCAAGCUCUACCUGCGGAGACAGCGGCUGCUCUGGGACCUGCGCCCCUUCCCCAUGCCGCCCACCCACUGGUUCCACGGCCACCAGAAGCUUCUUCAGGAAGAUACAAUGGAGAAACUUGAUGAGAUUGUCGAAAAAUACCCUUGUGCUUUCCCUUGCUGGAUUGGGCCCUUCCAGGCAUUUUUCUUUAUCUAUGACCCAGACUAUGCAAAGACACUUCUGAACAGAACAGACCCUAAAUCUGACCUGCACAAGUUCAUGACACCAUGUCUUGGAAAGGGGCUCCUGAAUCUCGAUGGGCCCACGUGGUUCCAGCACCGUCGCUUACUGACUCCUGGAUUCCAUUGUGAUGCCCUGAAAACAUACGUGGAUGUAAUGGCCCAUUCUGUGAACACGAUGCUGGAAAAGUGGGAGAAGAUUUGCCACACUCAUGACACAACCGUGGAGGUUUUUGAACACAUCAACCUGAUGGCCCUGGACAUUAUCAUGAAAUGCGCUUUCAGCCAGGAGACCAACUGCCAGAUAAACAGCACCCAUGAUUCUUAUAUAAAAGCAACAUUGGAACUUGGGAAAAUUAUGUUUUAUCGCUUGUACAAUUUCUGGUAUCAUUAUGACAUAAUUUUCAAAUUCAGUCCUAAGAGCUGUCACUUCCAAGAGUUAAGCCAAGUGCUUCAUCAAUACACAGAAAAGAUAAUCUGGGACAGAACAAAUCCCCACAGGACUGGAAUGAAGCAGGAUAACACUCAGAAGGAUCAGGAUAUGUUGGAUAUUGUUCUUUCUGCCCAGGCUGAAAGUGAAGACAGCUUCUCAGAGGCUGACCUGCGCUCUGAAGUGGCCACAUUCAUGUUAGCCGGACAUGACGCCUCAGCAGCCAGCCUGUCCUGGCUCCUCUACUGCCUGGCUCUGAACCCUGAGCAUCAGGAGAAAUGCAGGGAGGAGGUCAGGAGCAUCCUGGGGGAUGGGUCUUCCAUCACCUGGGAUCAGCUGGGUGAGCUGUCAUACACUACAAUGUGCAUCAAGGAGAUGUUUCGAUUGCUUCCCCCAGUCCCAUCCAUUUCCAGAGAACUCAGCAAGCCUCUUACCUUCCCAGAUGGACGCUCCUUGCCUGCAGGAAUGACGGUGGUUCUUAGUAUUUGGGGUCUUCACCACAAUCCUGCUGUCUGGAAAAGCCCCAAGGUCUUUGAUCCCUUGAGAUUCACUAAGGAGAAUUCUGAUCAGAGACACCCCUAUGCCUUCUUACCGUUCUCAGCAGGACCAAGGAGCUGCAUUGGACAGCAGUUUGCCAUGGUGGAGUUAAAGGUGGCCAUCGCCUUGACUCUGCUCCACUUCAAAGUCACUCCGGACCUCACCAGGCCUCUCGCCUUUGCUCACGACAUUGUCCUCAGACCCAAGCAUGGAAUCCAUUUGCACCUGAAGAAACUCUCUUAAUGAACCCAAAGAAGUUUUUUAAAGGACCAAUGAAGAUCAGACGGUCAGGGAUGAGAAAGGAAAGAGGCGACUGACUAGACACGGAUGAUCAUGUUACAUGAUAUGAUUCUCCCCUCUUUUUCCAGAGGACCCUUUGCCC